AUGUUCUCCGCGUCGGUGAAACUGGUACGAUCUCCCGUCGGGCUUUCUCCGUGCUAUCGAGGCCUACUCUCCCUGGGACGGUGUCGUCCCCACCGAAAAGGGAGUCUCUGCAUGUCCUCGCGAUCGGAAAUGGACCGACCAUGCGGUUCACCUGCGAAGGUAUUCACCGUCCUGACAGAUCGUGGAGACGAUGGCGAAGUGAAGUCCCUUGGAGAUAAUAGAACUACCAGCGAAUCUCGGUCGUCUACUCGCUCUCCUCCCUUUUUGCUCUUGAAUUCGUCGCGUAUUGAACCAUUUUGCUCGGUCAUCUCGUGAGUUUCUUGAUCAUCGCACUUGGCGCCUGUGAUACUAUGUCUGUGUCUCCCCUUCGUGUGUUGUCUGCUCUUCGUAUAGUCUAGGAAUUUUUAUUUUUGUUUAAAUUAAGGGAGGCGACGGGGAUGCCAGACGACGAUUGCUGACGAUAUUUUCGGCAGAUCGCUGAACCGUUCUUUAGGAGGGCAAUUUCGAGUAUGGAGAAGAUCUACCUGAACAGAAACCCGACUGCGAACGCCAUUCUGGACCUCGUCCGUUCAUACGACGGCGAUAAUAUUUUCUACGAUCAUUUUGCUUUUCGGACAUUUGGGGUACUUGCUUUCGCCCCUUCCCUUAUAUACUCGUUUUUUUGUUUCCUCCUAGAAUGAUAGAACGCGUUCGUUAUCUUUUCGUGCUCUGUUUGUGUUCUGUCAUUCGCUCUUGCCACGGAAGGUGGACGGACAUGGGAUUGAUUCGAUGGCUAAGCUCUUCGUGGACUUCGGCUACACGCCUCGGGACGAGCUGAGGUUCCCCGCUAAAAAGCUGAGGGCACUGUGGUUUGCGCCUCCUGCCACUAAGGAUACUGGGAUUCAAGGGCCAUUGCCGAGAAUCUUCAUAUCAGAACUAAUCGUAGAGGAGAUGAGCCGUGAGAUCCAGGUGGGCUGGAUUUUCCUCUCUUUAUUUACAUUUGGUUCGAUUUGCGCUCUGAUUUUUUGCUAUAUAUUUCUUAUGCUUCACCAGUGUGAGAAGUAGCAGAUUCCCUUUAUGAAAAAAUCUUUUGCAGUUCCUAUGCCAUCCCGAGUGUUUCUCCGGCUCAGUUGGGGUUUGUGCGUCUGAGAUCAUUCUGAAAGAGAGGGCCAUAAGAAGUUCACCAUGAAAGUAUGGGAAUCAAAUCGACGGUGUUUGGAUCUCGGUUAUCUGUGACACAACCUGGAAUUAUGAUCGGCCUAUAUUCGGCCAAUUGUGGAUACCUUAAUGACGUGUGGCAGUUUGUUUUUUUUUUUUUGUUCGUUUGAUGGUAGUGCAUUUCCUCUAGCUGUUGCCGCUCUGCUUACUUAGUCGACAGCUACCUUUAUAAGAAUGCCUUACCAUGCUGUCAUUCACUCUUCAUUAUCUAAUAGGUCGCAUCCUUAUCUGCCGAACCUGCCUCGUCCUUCUCUGCUAGGAUCCUUUGAAAUGUUUUGGAAAUAUUCAGAGAUUUACUACACGUUGUAUGAGCUUAAAAUCGACUGGGGUGGGUUUUCAUCCAUCUACGUCUCCCUGGAGCAUCCUCUAACUACUCCGUCAAAGCUUUAGCCAAAGCGUUAUUUGUCCUCGUUUAAGUUUACAAGCAUACAAUUUCACGCCAAUUGCUAUUUUGGUAAAAGAGGGGAUGGGCAAUGAUGAGGGGAGUGCUAUGAUUUUACCCUCCCUCUUUUAUCUCUACAAAUUUGUCGCGCAAUGCGUUAUAUUCUUAUGAUGGUGCAUAAACAUGCAGGAAACCAUAAGAAACUAUACCAAAACUUCUGGCUGUGGGGGCGAUUAUGCAGCUCUUGCGAGUGCAAUGGGAUCCUUAACAUGGGACAGACCAUUUUACUCCGACUACCAACGGCUUCUCAGGUAAACGCUGUGCAUUCUUAAUCGCUCUUCCUGCGUCCUCCUUUUUUGUGUUACUCACAGAGAAAGGGAACAGGAUCAGCCUGAACCAGUAAAAUUGUUGAAGACGAAUUUAUUCAGGAUAUAUCUGUCCUAUAAGACACAGCAGAAAAAGGAAAAUAUCUUUGAGUAUCUAAUCCAAAUUCUCCAUUUCAUCUUGGAAAUAUCUUUAGUUCUUUGACCAGGCAUGAUAUUUGAUUGUUGCUUUCUUGUGUUACCUAAGAGCAACAAUGACAGUAUCAAAAUAGGUUGCUAAAUCGGCCGGAUCUAAUAGUAUUCAAAUCAAACGCCCUUCACCAUUAAACAAUGAAUGAAGCUAGAAAAAUCGACACAAAUUUGAAAGCUGGCUAGAUGAAAAUGGCGUGAGAUCUAAUGAAAUAAGCUUUCUUUCCUCUGUCCAUCAUUAGACCAUAGGUGUAAAUCACAAGAAGACGAAGAAGAAGAAGCAGCAGCAGAAUGUUAAUAAUGUUAAUACAGAUUUUAUCGUCUUCAUUUUUGGUUAAUUGUGGCACUGCUUUGCAUGCCAUUUGAGAUAAUUGGGCUUAUAUAUACAUGAUUCUAACUUAGAUUAAACUGUACCCGAUUCAAUCUCCAAAACAGUUUUUUAAAAGGAACGUCCAAAUUAUGCCUUACUUUUCUCUAGGAGUUGGCUUAUUAUCUGCAAGCAUUAGUUUAUUUGAGGGUUUGCUCGUCCAUUUGUCAGUGGCUUCAUGAUCUUCAAGACGCCUUCCUGGAUUGCAGGGAAAGCGAGUACGCUGCAUGGACUCUAGUCAACGGAUAUGCGUUGAAUCAUGUCACCAUUUCCACUCAUCGGCUGAAGUCAAACAUCAGAGAAAUAGAUACCCUCAACCAGUUCAUACAGGAAAAUGGGUACAAGCUGAACUCCGAAGGGGGCACUCUGAAAGGUUUGCCAUUCUCCUUUAACUCGCCUCCUUGUGAGCGGUGAUUUGGUCUGACCAAUCUCCUCCGCCGAACAGUAAGCCCCGACGGCCUUCUGCGGCAGAGCUCGACGGUGGCCGACUCUACGGCGUUUACCUUCGCCGAGGGCGUCAAUGAGACCGUCCCCUGUUCAUACAUCGAAUUCGCGGAGCGGCUUCUGCUGCCCCAGUUCAAAAACUUGCCUGCCGAAGAGGUACGCUCGCUCACGGUCUUUCCCUUCUUUUUCCUUCCGCCAUUUCAACAAGCAUCAGUCCCCCAUCUGUGGCAACUCUAGAGAGAGAAAGCGAGAGAGAGAGAGAGAGAGAGAGAGAGGACUUACAGCUUUGGGAGAACUUGACGACGUCUCGUGAGCUCUUGAGCAGGCAGAGGAGCGCCACAGGAGGGAUGGUUUCGAGGUUGGGAAUGCAGACAAGAUCUUCGAGAGCACGUCGAAUGAUCAGCUGAAGCGGAGCGCCGCCUGA